CGUGGUCUGAGUUUUGUAUCUGUGUUGACAUGAAAAUAUCGCAAUAGUUCUAAAUACCUUUAUAUAUAUAUAUAAAUUCAAUGUUCUUUAGCGUAACCUUGCUGAAUACCCGAUUUUCGUAGAUAUGGAAGAGCCGAAGCGACUAUUUAUUGGUGGACUUUUUGAUAAUGUGACGGAAUGUGAACUUAAAGACAGGUUCAAACAUUUUGGUAAAGUGUCCGAAAUAGAAAUUCGAAACAAAAAGGAUGAAUCAGGUAAACCAAUAAAGACUUUUGCCUAUAUCAAUAUAAACACUACAGAUGAAAAACUGAAAUCUUGUAUGAAGGCAUUGAAUUGUACAAAGUGGCGGUCUCAUGAAAUGAAAAUUGAAAUAGCUAAGCCAAGUUUUUACCAUAACUUGUUAAAAGUUAUUGCUGAACAGAAAAGACAACUGACAGAAAAGGAACCAGAUAAAAUGGAGCUAUCAUCAAAUGCAGGUUCUGGUGUAAAAUGGUCCAAUAAAACCUUCCGUAAUGCCAGGUUAGGAAGUAAAGUUUCUGACAAGAAGGAUUGGGUCAAGUAUGGACAAGCACUUCCAAUAAUGAGAAUCCGACAAAACAGAUGGAAAAUCAUCACUGUAAAUCCUUCAAAAUUUUGUCGUAACCACAAGAAAUUUGAAUGGAAUGACAGUUAUUUAAACCAAACCAGACAAAAAUUUCCUCAAAGUAAGCAAGCAGCAAAAAAUAAAGCAAACAAAAGUCAGAUUUCCAAACAAUUCAAGGACAGGUUUACACCCAAAAAUUAUGACAUAAAAUCAAGUAAUGUUGCCAAAGAAUUUACAGCUCCUGGUUCUGUGUCCAAAGACCAGAGCAAUUUGAUGACAAGUACUGUUUCCAAAGAACCUACAGUUCCUGAUUCAAUAUCCAAAGACUGUAGCAAAUCAGUUUCAUAUACUAGUUCUAAAGAACUCGUGGUUCCAGAUUCUAUAUCCAAAAACUGUCACAAAUCAGUAUCAAUUAGUGUUUCAAAAAAAAAUGUGGUCUCUAAGUCCAUACCUAAAGAUUUAAAUUGUACAGAAUCAAAUAUCACUUCUAAAAAGUUAAAAUAUAAUGAUUCCAAAGAUGACAACUUGGAAUCCAGUUCUGUUUCCAAAGGGAAAAGAGUUAUUGAUGCCACUACUAAAGCUUCUGGUUAUACAGAAUCAAACAAAAUUUCCAAAAAGAUCAAAUAUGAUAGUAUCAAAACUUCCAGUGCUCAUAAAAGUGGACAGUCAGAGCCAAAGAAAGUGAACCCACUUCAAAAGAGUCAAGAUCUAUCAGCAAAACCUGUUAAAAUUACUACUGAAUCAGUUGAAAACAAAACAUUAAAAGCAACUUAUGUAAAUUUCAAAGUACUACAGAAAUGUAUACCUACUAAAAGGUCAUGUGGCCUGGUUCUACAAGCAAAACCUAGUCUCUUACUUAAGUAUAAAGCAAUAAAUUCAGUGGAGUUGAAGUCUCAGAGCUGAAAUGUUAGCCAAACUUAAUGAGAGAAAAAACAAAAUGUAAAACAUUGUUAAUAACUUGAAUGAUGAUAUUAACAAUGAUAAAACAUCUGACAACCAAUUGUGAUCCAAAAGAGAAUAAAAGUUCACUAAUUUUUCUAUUAAAACAGAUUCAAAAAAGCUGUCUAUUAUAUUUUUAUAUAUAACUUGUUGAUUCCCUUCAACAGUUGUUGACUGAAGAUCAUCACCUGAUUCUUUCAUCACUAUCAAACAGCAUUGAUACUACCAGGGAAUAGCCAGGUACUUUUGGUCCACACUAUAGCUUGCCUUUUAUCUUCCUUCAUGACACCAAAGGAUUGAUUUAUUGGGUCAUGUUUGCUGAGGUGAUAUGAAAGGAAAAUAAAACAUAAACAAUUA